CCCAUUAAAAGUCGUGUGCCAAAGCUUGGGUAAAAACUUUGUAAAGCCAGAUGCAUAAUGCACACACCGCGAUCACCUUACCUCAGCGACCGGGUUGCCGUGGCAACAACACAUGCAUAAUUGAAUGGCAGCUGAGUGCGACUAGAAGGCGGCUUAGGCCGGCGGCCCUUUUUUAGAUCGGAUUAAUCGGCGCUGGUAAAUCCAUGGCAAACUCAACUGGAAGCGAGAAGGAAGGAGCCGCCUUGCCAAAUUGUGCACCGUGAUGUAAAGUGGAGCGAGCAUAGGGUUGCUCAAAAAUGGACGGGACGGCGGCGGAGGGUCAGGCCAAGACCCAGAAGCGGGUGAGGUUCCGGGUGGCUUCGGGGAGCAGCGGUCGGGUGCUGAAAGAGAUAUACAAAGACGAGGGGCCCUGCGACUCGCUCGACUCGGACUGCACCAGCAGCUCGGUGGCCAGUGGGGAUGGACCGCCUUACGGAGGAGGGUACCUGGGGUCUGAGCUGGAUGACAGCGAGAGCGAACCUGACGAGCUGCUGGUGUACGCCGCUGGGGCCGCCAAGGACCAGAGGUUCACCCCCAAAAGGGUCAACAUCCUCAGCAAGAACGGCACUGUGAGGGGGGUCAAGCACAAAGUGAGCGCGGGUCAGACGCUCUUUGAAAACCUUCCCCAUUGCAACAGUGUGGAGUUAUUGCUGGAAUUUGGUCGGAUUGUGAUCUACACCACCAGUUUUCGUGUGGUGAGAACCACUUUUGAACGCUGUGAGCUGGUGCGCAAGAUCUUCCAGAACCACAGGCUCAAGUUUGUGGAGAGGAACAUUGCUCUGGACAGUGACUACGGCAAGAAGCUUGAAGAGCGCUGCAAGCGGGUGGGAGAGCUUCCGUCGCUACCCGUCGUCUUUGUGGACGGACACUACCUCGGGGGUGCUGAGAAGAUACUAAGCAUGAAUGAAUCAGGAGAACUGCAAGAUCUUCUGACAAAAAUUGAGAGGGUGCAGCACCCCGAGACGUGCCAGAGUUGCGGGGGCUUUGCUUUUGUCCCGUGCCCAACGUGCCAUGGCAGCAAGAUGUCUGUGUUCCGUAACUGCUUCACGGACUCCUUCAAAGCCCUCAAGUGCACUUCCUGUAACGAGAAUGGACUGCGGCCUUGCGGGAGCUGCAGCCAGUGAGAGAAUCAACAUGUGAAGUGCCUGAACACAUCUCUUCUCUUCUGAGGACCCCCACCCCAAACAUGACUCUCCUACUCUAUUGCCAUUGUGAACAUAUUUUUGUAAUGUAACAUGUACUGUAUGUUUUGUGCAUUUGGUCAACAUGCAAUUUACAUUAAAGAAACAAGAAAACGCCAUUAUUCAUUUAUUGUAGAAUUCACAGCAUAUUAACAAAGCGAGUAAAUGGAAUCACAGCAUAGCAGCCCCCCACAUACCAUACCAAAAAUCCGUGAGUAGAGAUGACAUUGACGCAAUUUGGUUGGAUGCAGAGUAACAUGUUUUGAGGCUUGCUUUUAAGGAUUUACACAAAAAGCAAAACUGUUUCUCAGCAUCAAACCAAUGUUUUGGGGGCUUUUUUUACACGC